AGAUCGCGCACGCGCAUGAGCGGCUCGUGUCAACUCCGCAGCUAGCUGAGCAAUGGCUGGUGGAGUUGUGAGAAAAAAGCCUCCCGGCUCCGCGUUUCCUCUACGAACGACGCUUCAAGCCCUUUGGCAGGAAAAACAUUUAGUUCUCUUCAAGACCGAAUACACUUUCCUAGUGGUGUCCGUCUUGUGGCUCUUAGAAAUCGGGAUCAAUGUGUGGGUCAUUCAAAAAGUGGCAUACACUGAAAUCGACUGGAAGGCUUAUAUGGACGAAGUGGAGGGAGUCCUCAAUGGCACCUAUGACUACACCGAGCUUAAAGGCGACACUGGCCCCUUAGUGUACCCGGCUGGUUUUGUGUACAUCUUCACAGCUCUUUACUACAUAACCAGCUCCGGGGUGAACAUCCGCCUUGGCCAAUACAUUUUUGCUGUGUUCUACCUCAUCACACUGCUUCUGGUCUUCAGAAUAUACUGCCGUAUCAAGAAAGUUCCUCCCUAUGUGUUCUUCUUCAUGUGUUGUGCCUCCUAUCGGAUCCACUCCAUCUUCGUCCUGCGUUUGUUCAAUGAUCCAGUGGCCAUGAUGCUGCUGUUUGCAGCUGUGAACCUUUUCAUUGAUGGACAUUGGUCUCUGGGCUGUUGCAUUUACAGUUUAGCAGUGUCUGUGAAAAUGAACGUGCUCCUGUUUGCCCCGGGACUACUUUUCCUCCUGCUGUCUGAGUUUGGUUUAAUCAGGACAAUCCCAAAGCUUGGUCUAUGUGCGGCCAUACAGCUCUUGUUGGGUCUGCCUUUCCUCUUGGAGAAUCCUGUCGGCUAUGUGAGUCGGGCUUUCGACCUGGGGCGUCAGUUCAUAUUCAAGUGGACCGUCAACUGGCGCUUCCUGCCCGAGUGGCUCUUUUUAAACCGCUACUUCCACUUCCUUCUCCUGGCAGCUCACCUGCUGGGCCUGCUGCUCUUUGCCCUCCGCCGCUGGAAGAGAUCUGGGGAAAGCCCACUGGAACUUUUAAAGGAACCUGGCAAGAGGAAAGUCCCAGCUCAGAAGAACACCAUCAACCAAAUCGUGCUCAUCCUGUUUACUUCCAACUUCAUAGGCAUGUGCUUCAGUCGCUCAUUGCAUUACCAGUUUUACGUGUGGUACUUCCACACGCUGCCCUACCUGCUGUGGAGUGGAGGAGUUAAAAAGAUGGCUCAUCUCCUCAGGGUCCUCAUCCUGGGUCUUGUUGAGCUUUCGUGGAACACCUACCCUUCAACUUGCAGCAGCUCCAUAGCCCUUCACGUGUGUCACCUCAUCAUUCUCUUUUGGCUAUGGCUGGCUCCACCCCUUGCAUCAGCUGGAACGCAGGCAAAAGGACCCAUCAAGGACAAAUGUCAAUGAGGAAAAGUAGAAGUGGGAGGUGUGUGUGUGUCAUUGCAUCCUCUCUCUGAGCCUCGUGACUCCUGCACAGAGAAUUGUGCUGGGGCAGACUCUUUUAGCCCUUUUUUUUAAGGAGCCAUUGUUUACCUCUUAGCUUUGUGCUAAAAGUGACAAAGGGUAGGAGGUUGAAUUUUUAGACAAGUCCACAUCAUGUAUUUGUUUGCAGGUAUGAAGAGGGGAAAAUAUGGAUUCUCAGGUUUCAAUUUAUCAUGGAGAGGAGGUGUCUUGUUUUGCAACAAUUUGUCACAUUAACUUUUAGUGCCAUCAGUAUACUGUACUACGUUAUGAUGAAAAAUGUAGGGAGAAUAUAUCACGUGUAAUAUUAAGAAAACACAUUGCGGUGACCUGAUUCAGCAAACGUUGCAGUAAUAUCUCAAUGGUGCAAUCAGAAUGAUACUAACUACAGUACUUACAAAGCAUUGUGGGUCACAAAUGUAUCCGAGACAGUGUUUCACUCUCAUGUUAAAAUUGUAACAUGCUUAUGCUGAUAUCUAAAUGUGUGUAUUUUUAUUUCCUGUACACAUGACGUUACAUUUGCAAUAGAUCAGCCCAGAGACAAUCAUAGCUGGUUGUGAUCUGGUGAUGUAAUGAAUCGCAACACUCGUCAAGAAGCUUUGACUGAAAAUAAUUCUUUUUUAAAAUAAAUAUUAAGAAUCUGGA